AUAAAAACAUAAUUGAACAAAAAGUUGCAUAGCAGUUGAAUAGCCUCAGUGAACUGUUUAAAAUAGGAAAUUAGGUACAUUUGGACUUGGAGAGCAGCAGUGGUAGAAUUGUGAACCAGCAGAGGAAGUCACGCCCUGAGUGAACACUGAAGGCAUUGUAGAGGUAAAUUGCACUCAUUUUUCUUUGGCUUCCUCUAAACAUAGCUCAAACACACAUCUCUCAGUGGACACGGCCAUCAGAAAACUGAUUCAACAGGGUUCACUGGACUGAUGACAAGUAUGCAACAGUAUUGGACCACAGAGAGAGGUCUAACUGGAGGCACAGACAAUAUGAGUCUGGAGUCAGGGAUGAGUAAUCUGGCAUGUGAUUGUCCCAUCGACAGCUUCAAGCGCAGUGUGUUUCCUGCUGCAUACCUGAUCAUCUUCUUCCUGGGCCUAAUAGCCAACAGUGCCUCCCUCUGGGUCUUUCUGAGCAUGUACAGGAGGAGGAGGAGCAUCACCAUGGUCAACCUGUACAUGGUGAACCUGCUGAUGUCUGACCUCAUGCUGGUGUGCUCUCUGCCCCUCAGAUCAGCAUACUACCUGCUGGACUCCCAUUGGCCGUUUGGGGACCUCACCUGCCGCCUGGUCUCCUACGUAUUCUAUAUCAACAUGUAUGGCUCUGUCUACUUCCUGCUGGCCCUGAGUGUCCUCCGUUACCUGGCCGUAUCACACCCCUACACCUUCAUGAGUCUGGAGGGUGGAUCCUGUGGUUGGGGAGGGUGUCUACUCAUCUGGAUCUUUGUGUCCCUGGCCUCUACACCCCUACUGAGUAUUGGGACUAGCCAGGAGGGGGAAGAGCAGACCCGCUGUCUGGAGCUGGGCAGCAGCUUGGGCACCAUCAUCCUUCUGAACCGUGCUGCCCUGGUGGUGGGCUUCGCCCUGCCCUUCACUAUCAUCUCUGUUUGCUACAUGUGUGUGCUGCUCAGCCUGAGGCAGUGUAGGGCUGGGGUGGAGGGGAUGAGGAAGCCCUCUACAAGAAAGUCUUGUGCCCUUGUCAUCCUCGGUCUCUGCAUCUUCCUGAUCUGCUUCCUGCCUUAUCAUGUGGUGCGAACCCUCUUCCUGGCAGCAGAGCGGAAUGCUCAACUAAAUGGCUGUGAGGAUUCUUGCCGCUACCUCCAGGGUAUUCGGAAGGCUGCCGUGGUAACGCUCUGUCUUGCAGCGGGUAACAGCUGCCUGGACCCGUUCCUUUUCUUCUUUGUGGGAGAAAACUUCAGAGAUUUCUGCACGAAAAAUUGUGGGAGGCAGAGGAGAGUUAUUAACAACACAGAGAGACCAAGGAUUCAAGAGCUGCAGCCCAUAGAAUUAACAGUCAAUUUAUAAUAAACUUGAUACUUUAAGCUUAUCAAAAAUGUUGCAUUCACUUUCACAUUCAAAUAAAAUGUACACCUAGUCUAUGGAUGGGUGAUUUGUAGUUCCUGUAGAGCCAAAUUGUUUGUGGAUUUAUAAUUAUGGGACCAUUGAAAAUAGGUUUAUGAUGAGACUAGGCCUGGGUCUUCUUCAAAAAUGGUGGCUUUUUGACCAGCCAACUUUUUAAAAUGAUUGAACUUAUUUUUUUAGUUAAAACCCCUUAACAUUAUAAAUCAACAUAUAUUACAGCUUAAUGUAUUUGGAUAUUUUUACUACAUUAAAUAAAAAAUGA